AUGCUUAGCUCUUCUGAUCCUUUUUCAGCUCCUCAAAAUGGCCCCCUGAACGGCUUGAUUAACCAUUUUAUCGAAGUUCGCCAUAAAUUGAUUUUCAGGUCAGCUCCCAAAAAGGAAAAAAAUUAUGCCCAGGGUGCAACUCCUGGUUUCAAGCUGGAGAGUUGUUCGAUUAUUGCCUAUAACCAAAGUGGGCGAAACCAGCAGCCAGAUGAUCAUUAUGUGAAAGGAAGGUAA